AUGAUCGGAUCAUGGACAUCGGAUCAGAUUUAUCAAGGACCAACAACAACUAGUCAAGAGUUGUUGAUGAGAAACCCUAUUCAAUAUGGUUCAUCUGGAUUGUUUUUCAACAACAAUGGAAAUAAUGGUUACAAUUCUCCAUUGAUCAUCUCCACUACAGCAUCCUCUGUUGGUGAUACGAGUUUCAACAAUAAUAAUAAUAAUAACAACAACUACUACUAUCAGAACAACAAUAACCAUGACACCACGAAUCAAAACUAUUAUUACUACUCUGGAGGAGGUGGACCACAGUUACCAGAAUUCCACAAUCCCCUCAGAGACGAGAGUAAGCUUUGGAUGACAUUUCCAUUCAAUUAUAAAGAUGCAUCACAUUUCGAAAACACCCAUAAGAGGAAAUUUGAUGAAUAUGUGAAUUACCUAGAAGAGAAUGAAGAAGAAGAGGACAUCAUUGAUCAGCUGAUCACCGAUGAGGAAAGCAACAAAUUUCUUGAGGAUGACCCCUCCUCAUGCCUUCUUGAGUCUUUUCAUGAACGUAAUUUUUGUAAGCGAGUGAAAUCGCAACAUCAUCAAGAUAGACUCUCAGCGCAACUCUCGCAUUUGCAUGUAUCUGAAGAGAGCAAUAAUACUUCUUCUAGUCAACAACUGCAUGACGAUACACUCAAUCAAAAGAACAAUGCAGAAAACAAUGAUAUGGAUUUUAAUGUUCAGAAAAUUCAACAAAGUGCACGAGAUACAAAAGCAGGAGAUUGGAGCUGUACUCAACUUGUAUGUUGCUCGUCAUCAUCUUUGACGACAAGUUCAUUGCUCACCAGCUGCAUUCCAAAAACAAAACCUUCACCUUUCUUUAAUGGAGGUAAAACAACACUCAAUGUCUCCACAGAUAAUCAAAUGAUGAAAAACAUGUGGCAAAAGAAACUUUCCUCACUCAUCAGCCAGUCUACUGGAAACAGCUCCAAUCCAUUGAAUACAUUACUAUGUCCACAACAAACCUCUUCAACAUCAAGCACAUCUGUCAUGCCGUCGCCAAGAGCUGACACAGCUCUGCUUCAAUCUGUGCUUGGAAAUUCGUCACGUCACUCUUCUACGAACAAUAUUGAUGAUGGUAACAACCCAAACGAACAUGCAGUUGUACCUUAUACAAGCAGUCGUGAAGAGAUUUUGAAAAGACUAAGAACACGGUUUGAUAGUAGCUCCAACGGGAAAUGCAUUUCACCAAAAGUCAUUGACGAUCCUCAUUCCACAGGAUUAGCCAUUACGGAUGCAUCAUACGACUUGAUGACAGAUGAAAAUUAG